GUGGGGAGAGGAGUUUUUAAAUUGCUGCUGCCGCUGAGUUGCGGGCGGACUGGAGCAGUCGCUGCAGAGAGCCAGGCAGAGCACCAGGCGGUGACACCUGCCAGGGAUUAGCGAGGCAGCUGAUCUAGAAGUCACCCGGAGCGGCAUUGGCAGAGUCGUUUCAGUCCAGCUGUGUGCAGCCAGCGUUGCCUUGAGCCGAGUAAGGGGUUGGUAAGAUGCUGAAGAGCUGCGGAAGGAAACUGCUCUUGUUCCUGGUCGGGUGCAUGUUCACCUGCCUCUUGGUCCUGAUGGCGGAUCAGCAGAAGCGGCAGGUGGAGGACCUGGGAGGAGAAGGGGGCCGGCGAGCUUUGCAGAGCUUGGCGAGCCCGGGCGAGCCGGAGGGCUUGCCCCGCCAGCCGCAGCUGCAGGAGGACGAGCCCGGCUUGGCCCCGCGAGAAGUGAAGAGCUUCACCGAUUACUUCAGCAAACUGAGCCGGGGCAGGCGGGAGGCGCAGGACGCCGGCAGCCUGGCCCCGCGCCGGGAGGGGACCCCGAGGCCGGCCCUGGAGGACAUCACCGCCCAGGAUGUCUUCAUCGCGGUGAAGACCACCAAGAAGUUCCACAAGGCCAGGCUGGAGCUGCUGCUGGACACCUGGAUCUCCCGGAACAGAGACUUGACCUUCAUCUUCACCGAUGGGGAGGAUGAAGAACUGAAGAAACGCACAGCCAAUGUCAUCAACACCAACUGUUCCGCCGCCCACAGCCGCCAGGCUUUGUCUUGCAAGAUGGCCGUGGAAUACGACAAGUUCAUCGAGUCCGGGAGAAAGUGGUUUUGCCAUGUGGAUGACGAUAACUAUGUGAAUGUCCGGACCCUGGUGAAGUUGCUGUCUGGCUACCCCCACACACAGGACAUCUACAUCGGCAAACCUAGUCUGGACCGACCCAUUCAAGCCACAGAGAGGAUCAGUGAGAACAAGAUGCAUCCUGUUCAUUUCUGGUUUGCCACUGGGGGAGCAGGUUUCUGUAUUAGUCGCGGGCUGGCGCUGAAGAUGAGCCCGUGGGCGAGUGGGGGUCAUUUCAUGAGCACAGCAGAGAAGAUCCGCCUGCCAGAUGACUGCACCAUCGGGUACAUCAUAGAGUCCGUGCUAGGAGUGAAGCUUAUCCGGAGUAAUCUCUUCCACUCCCACCUGGAGAACCUCCACCAGGUGCCCAAGACAGAGAUUCACAAACAGGUGACGCUGAGCUAUGGCAUGUUUGAAAACAAGAGGAAUUCCAUCCACAUGAAGGGAGCUUUCUCCGCUGAUGAGGAUCCAUCCAGGUUCCGCUCCAUUCACUGCUUGCUGUACCCAGACACGCCAUGGUGCCCCCUGAAUGUGGUGUACUAGGAGACGCAUGUCCCCGUCAACCUCGUCCCAAGUUUCCCUGGUAUCCAAAGGGCUUGUGGGACCUGUAUGUGUGCAUGUGAUUUCCCUGCUGCGAGGCGAAUGGUUAUUAUUGCUGUGAUAAUGCACAGUGUGUGUGGUUUAUAGGCUGCUGUGCGGCCCCUCAUCUCCCCUGCAGGUGGGGAGAGCAGAUUUUUGGAGUGCUGUCUGCCUCCUCCUCUGACAGGCCGGGGGUACGUGGGAAAGGCUAGGUCCUGAGCACUUACACGUGUGGCCCAGGGCCAGGCUGGCUUGUGAAGGGUAAGUGUCCUGAACACCAGCCUGCGUGGCUCUACGUGUUGCUUUGCAGUGUUUGCAAUUCUCAUAGAAUGUAUGUGGAAUAAGUGUGUGCCCUGGGCCAGGUCUUUACUGCCAUGGCUUUCUUUUUCCGCUGGAAUUUUACUGUCUAUCCCAUUCUGCCCAACCCUCACUCCCUUCUCUUCCUGCUUCCCAUAAACCCAACCUGCUUUAUUCCACUAACUACCCACCCCUUCACUUUCUCCCCGAACCCUUCAUCCUUCGGCUCCGGAUACUGUUUCAGAUGAAGGUUCAUUGAUAAUAGUUGUGGUGGGAGGGGGGGGUUAAUUCCACCCCUCUGCUCCCCUUUCUUGCUCCCCUCCUAUGCUGGCUGUAUUUUGGGGGGAACAGGGGAAGUUUGCUGGCUCCUGGGGCAGUUCUCUGGACACAUUGGAGCCGAGUCCAGGAAAUGCCCUGGAGGAAUUUUGUACUUUGUGGUGUUUAGAGCUGGACUCUCAGAAUCCCAGCUCACUGUAGCACUGAAGGGAGACAGGCUGGGAGAAGAGGAGCAAGGAGAGGGGUUGGUGGUGGAAGCCGAGAAUCAAGGUUAACUCUGUUCACUGGAGUUCCCUAUGCCUCGCUGAAAUAUUUUCAGUACUAUAAAGCUAUGCAGUAUUUAUAUAGGAUAAUUUAAAGACAUUUAUAAAGGGGGUGGGGGGGGUUGCAAAGAGAUGCAUACAUGCUGUGUCCAUGUUUAUGCUAUAUUUAUAUGGAGACAUAAUGUCUCCCUUCAGUGCAAAGUCUCUGCCCACUUACCCUUGCCUCUGGAGCAUCUUCGCGGAGGGGAAAAAGUGCUACACAUGUUUUGUCCCUAACACUAGUGUCUAUCAGGGCUAAUUAACGUAUGUAGAAUGCACUGUCUAUACCAAUGAAUACUUCAGGUUCAGUGGAGCGAAAACAUUCAGGCUGGGUCUGUCUGGGGGCAUUAGGUGCUCAGGCAGAGGGUGAAUAAAGAGUAUUGGGAGGAUUGCCAUUAAGGGUCUGAUGCGGGUGUCCCACUUGCAAUUCCACUGGCUACAAUGGAGUUAGUCCCGUCGCUAUUGUGAGAUCAGCAGUAGGCCCUGAACGCAUAAGUCUUUGCCACAGCUAUUGGUCCCAUUCACCACUGAGCUUGAGGGGAGGAGAGAAGUUGGGCAAGCAGCUGUCAAGAAACACCCCUUUCUCCCAAGCACCAUUUCUGGGCUGGCCCAGUAGCUGGGGGCCUGUUGGAGACUCAAGGUAGAUGCUGGAUCAUGGUUGCUAGCCUGCUGAACGCAAUGGGAGUCAGAAGCUUGAAUCCCUGUGAGGAUCUGGGCCUUAGUGCUGUGGAAGCUCUGUACUAAGGGCUGGUCUACACUAGGGGGUGGGAUCGAUCUAAGAUAUGCAACUUCAGCUACGCUAUUUGCGUAGCUGAAGUCAAAGUAUC